AUCAUCCAGUCAGUGACAGACAGACUUUUUCACUGGCUGUGAUUUACGGUACGAAAAUUUGCUUUAUGCAUCAAAUGUCGUACGAUAAUUAAGAAAACAAACUGAUAUUAUGUGAAAUACUGUCCGUUUUGAAUGUACCUCUGUUUAAAAUGUAUAUACUUUGAAUGAAAAAUGAACGAUAGCGCCGCAGAAUGCUCAGAAACGCUGGAUCCCAGAGUACAGAUUGAGCUAGAGCGCCUGAACACAGCGACAGAUGAGAUCAACAGGCUAGAAGUAGAGCUAGAUGAAGCCCGGCUCGCAUUCCGGCGGCUGCUGGCCGAGGGGCAUCUGCGGAUACAGCAGCUUACUAAGAAACUUGGAACUAGUGUGCACAAAGCCCGGCCUUACUAUGAAGCGAGGUUCAGAGCUAAUAUUACCUCACAAGAACUCCAAGCGGCAACCAUUACCUACGACAAGGCGAACAGCGCCCAUGCAGCGGCCCGAGAAAUGGUGUUCCUGGCUGAGCAGGGGCUCGCCCGCCUCGCUGAGGGCGCUGAAGGCGGCGUCACCCUCGACCCGGCGUGGCAGGAGAUGCUUAACCACGCCACACACCGCGUCAACCAGGCGGAGAUGGACCGCGCACACGCGACGGUGACGCAGCGCACCAAGGCGGCCGCGCACCGCGCCGCCGCCGCGCUGGUGCAGCAGCUGCAAGCGUCGCUCAAGCGACACAUCACCAAGUCCAGACCUUAUUUCGAAGAGAAAGCCCGCAUCAACACAGCGCUAGAAGCACAGAAGGCGCGCAUACAGACCUUAGAGGAGCAGGUGUGCGAAGCCAAGCAGCAGUACUCCUCGGCCUUGAGGAACCUGGAGCGGAUAUCUGAUGAGAUACAUAAGCAUCGGUCGAGGCGGCAGUCGGCGAGAAACGCAAUAGAAAUAGACCGAGCAUCAACCAUCACAGACUUAGCCAGCGACACAUCAAAUGGCGUCCUUGAAGACCUGUGUUCUCAAAGCACUGACGCGUCUGUUCGGGAGUGGCUGCGGCGCGCCGCCGCCGAGCGGCCCGGACAGGACGACACCUGGACGGAGAUAGACUUGGACUAUUCUAGUCCUGAGGAGGUCAGCUUCGAGAAAUGCUCGCUGAGGCCUCGAUCGUCCCCUGACCAACCGUCACCGCCGAGCCCUGGCGAGUCCAAGGUGUCUGCUGCGUCACCCCGUCGUAUAAUACGAAGUUCCAUGGACCGAACAGCUCUACUCCGAGCUGACUUGGAGAAAGCCGAGAAGGGCAGACGGCAGUCCCUAGAUGCCAUACUGCAUGACACCGGUGAAAAAGUCAAGGAAAUCAAGGAGAUGUUCCAAGGGCUAUCUUUGUUCGGUGAGCGCGGCAGCCACUCCGCGCCCCGCACGCCGCGCCGCACCUCCCCCUCGCGUGCGCGUUCUUCUCGCAGUUCAGCGGACGGGAACUCCGACACCGACAGCUUGGCCAGGUAUGUCUUGCCGACUCAUGCGUGCCUGGUACCUACAGUCAGCAUCCAUCUAUAUACGGCAGCCAACCCGCCCCCCGCACCGCACCUCCCCCUCGCGCGUGCGUUCUUCUCGCAGUUCAGCGGACGGGAACUCCGACACCGACAGCUUGGCCAGGUAUGUCUUGCCGACUCAUGCGUGCCUGGUACCUACAGUCAGCAUCCAUCUAUAUACGGCAGCCAACCCGCCCCCCGCACCGCACCUCCCCCUCGCGUGCGCGUUCUUCUCGCAGUUCAGCGGACGGGAACUCCGACACCGACAGCUUGGCCAGGUAUGUCUUGCCGACUCAUGCGUGCCUGGUACCUACAGUCAGCAUCCAUCUAUAUACGGCAGCCAACCCGCCCCCCGCACCGCACCUCCCCCUCGCGCGUGCGUUCUUCUCGCAGUUCAGCGGACGGGAACUCCGACACCGACAGCUUGGCCAGUGUGGACAUGCUAACAGAUGAGCAGAUCGCAUCUCUAAUGCUCGACAAGCAACUGCAAGAUGUGUGCGAGCGACUCGCCGGCGUCGCCACCCGACAACCACGGUCGCCACAAUCUCCUGAGGCACGAUUUUGAACCCUACAUCUGUACAAAUACGGUAUGAAAUACAACAAGCAACUGUCAUAUGUCUGCAAACACCUCGUUGCCGUCACCACACCGCAGCCACGAUCGCCACAAUCUCCUUAGGCACGAUUUUGAACCCUACAUCUGUACAAAUACGGUAUGAAAUACAACAAGCAACUGCAAGAUGUCUGCGAACGCCUCGUUGGCGUCGCCACCCGCGAUCGCGACAAUCUCCUGAGGCACGAUUUGGAACCCUACGUCUAUAGCAAUACGGUAUGAAAUGCUUAACGUUUGUUAUUGGCUAGAAGCAUUACUCAUAUAGCAAUAAGGCAAAAACUCAGUAAUUUGGAAGUGGCUGGACCCUUUUUUGGUGCCCUAUAAUGGUAGGGGACAGCUACAUAAAUAACUGACCCCUGUCAAACAAGUUUUUGCAGGGGAUAAGUUAUCUCUGCAGCUGUACGUUGCCGCUUGAUGUUGAAAUGUACGCUUAUAGGAAUAAGGUACAAAACGCAAUAAACAGGCGUAGUAUUUAUUUUGAGAUUAGAGUGACACUGGAUAUUGAGAGCCAACAGACCUCUUUCAUGCUUGACUCAGUUAAUACAGGCAUAAGUUUAGAUUUGCCUUUAAUUUCAUAACAUGUUUGGUAUUCGGAAUAUUUGGAUUAAUGCGAAGACUAUGGUGGAUUGGAAAACGUAUCAAAUACUUUUAAACUAUGGUUAAAACUGUAGUAAUAAGGAAAAACAUUGAUUUAAGUAAGUAAAUAUUCUUUAUUGUGCACCAUACAGUUAAAAAUAGACAGAUUUACACACAUACAUUAUACAUACAUUGUGAUUUACAAAGUAUAAUGAACUGGAUUCACAAUCAACCGAAAAAAAUGGGCCCACAAAAGUAAUGCUCGAACGGCUUGGGCACGACUAUUUCUCCCAGUCUCGUUUGGGCCGUCGACAACGACAACUGUCAAACAUGACGAAAUGUUUUUUGAAAAGGCGCUUAUAAUAGCAAAACAACAAGAAAAAAAGGGUGGCAUAUAUUUCUUUCGGUGAGUUCUAUUGAUAUUCUAACAGAACUAAUGUGAAUUCGUCGUAAUUUCAUGGUACGUAAUAAUUCAUUCACUCGCUAUUCAUUUUGAUUUUUAUGCCAUGAUCAACAUACGAAAACGUCAUUGAACCAUAAAGUAUUAAAUAUUUAGAAACGUGCGUUUGCAAAUUUGACACUUAAAUUGUAUCGCAUUAAAAUAACUUUUCUAUGAAAUACUCAUCUUGUCAAAAAUUAUAAAGAAGCGUUAUUAGCAUCUACUGGAACGCAUUUCCUAAAGUCAGUUUUCUCAAUAUAUUUUGGCAUUGGGCGUCCAUUUGUUUUAAUACGUCAAUGAGGAAAAUAGAAAAAGGAUAGAUAUUACUUACAAUUAGUCUACUUACUUAUUUUGUUACAAAUAACAACUCAAUAACAAUGAUAUCCGCGCGGGCGCGCACGGCCGUCCGCUCAGUGCUUAGCGAGUUGCGUUCAGAGAAGGACCUGAACUCAUUGCACUGAAAGUAAUUUGACAAGAUUGUUUACAUUUAGGCCACUUCUAUUUCAUGUAUUUAGCAAUACUUGCCUAUCAAUAAGCAUUAUAAAUAAUAAAUAUAAUGAUAGCUAUACAAAUGCCAAAAUACUACAAUUUGGCACAUAAUGACGCUUUACAAAUUUUAGGCAGCUUAUUUUUUUUUAAAUAAUGGACAUAUCAGUAUGGGCAAAGAAAUUUAUCUGAAGGAUCGAAGUAGGCAAAAACUUGCACAGUCCAAAUUAUAUGUAAAAGUAUGUAAAUAUGUUUGUCCGUAUGUUUAUAUGUUUAAUUUAUGCGAUAUACAGUGUGUGAAUUCAAUACGGGCAAAUCUUUAAACGGUGUUAAUACGACCUACGAAGUAUAUUGAGAUGACUUUUACUUAGAAAUACAAUGAAAAUAUUAACUAUACCAAAUAAUUGGGCCCGCAAUGUGAAGUUACGAGAACACACAAGUUACGAGAACGUUUGUUUGCAGUUACUAUAAAAAAAAAACUCGUAUCGCGUAAUGUCAUGUCUUGUAAUGUUUGCAGUACAAGUAUAUUGCUGCUCGGUAAAUUUUCAAAUAUUAAUUACGAAUUAACACGUUCACAGUCCAGUGCCCCAUAUAUGGGUCACGCUGAACUAUCUCCGCACGUCCGUGCACCACAUAUGGGUCACGAAGAUACGACCAGGUAGGCACUUAGUAUAACUUCAUACUGCAUAAUAAUAAAGGGAUAAUUCUUAUAUAAUAAUAUUUUUGGCUAGUUAGACAACAGCAUGCAGACAGUUAUUGUUUUAAUUCGAGUGUGUGCUUGUUUUUUUUAGUGACACAUAUCUGGAGCAUGGACGUGUGAUUGAAGUAAUUUGCUUGGACGUACGAGAAAAUGAAUACAAUGAAGUAUGGGGAUUGUUAACGUGUUAAGUGUAACUUAAAAAUACUUCUUAACUCAUGAUAACACGCGUAAAUUCUAUGUCUGGUAUAAUUUAUUGCAUGCAUUGGAUUUACACACUGUAUAGUUCGAAUUUUGACUCACUGUAAUUCGACUACCAUAAAAAAAUAUUCUUAAUUUUAUUUGUGUACAUAUACUCUUGCAAAUCAUCACUGCCAGCAAAAAAAAGCUCGAAAUUUAAAUCCAGUGUGAAACGUUCAUCUUUCGCACUUACAUUUCUAAAAUAUGCCGCCUUUUUUCUGUCAAAGCUACUUGCCAGAGUAUAUAUGACCGCGGCCGGCAAAACGUCCCACUUUGUCGCUUGCCAUAAGAACUAGAUUUGCUUGUAUUUUUAUACGAAUAACCAAGGCGUCCUUAUGGCAAGCGACAAGGUGAGUCGUUUUGCCGGUUUCGGUCACAUAUUUUUAUGGAAUUUAAACUUUAAAUUAAUAACAAAUGACAAAUUAAUGAAAUAGUUCCUUAACAUAAUUUGAGCAGGAUAACUAAUUGAUUCUCAUAUUUAAUACUCAAAACCUUUGUUUAGUUUUUUUAAUACAUGUGUUUUAAAAGAAAAUGGUGGGAAAAUUUACGCGUAGCCGCCUUUUUGUGGAAAAUUAUUAAAUUAAUACUUUUAGGACUAUUUUUAGUGUCUAAUGGUGAUAAAAUAAAUAUAGGAGAUCUGCUUUAGACUAAUAGAAAUCAAAAUGCAAUAAAAUUAUAUAAGUGUGUUGUAACUAGUUAUGAAUAUAAGAAGAAGCCUAACACUCUUGCCUGUACGUAGGUAACUUGUAAUACUAAAUGUGACCGUGGCCGGCAAAACGUUCCACUUUGCCGCUUGCCAUAAGGACUACAUUCGCAUGUAUAUUUAUACGAAUAACCUGUCAAGGCGUCCAUAUGGCAAGCGACAAAGUGGGACGUUUUGCCGGCCGCGGUUGCAAAUAAUAUUAAAAAUGACAUAUAUAAUUACUCAUUUACAAAAUUAUUUUUACUAUAUUUGAUUUUAUACUCUUUGUAUUGUCAGUAUUUUUAAAAGAUUCUUUUUACCCGAAGUACUAGCCUAAUAAAUAAAUAAAUAAUAAAAAAUAUUAUAGGACAUUAUUACACAAAUUGACUAAGUCCCACAGUAAGCUCAAUAAGGCUUGUGUUGAAACAUUCACAACAAACAAACAUCUAGGUUUUACUCCACCAUAUUAUGUUCUUUUAGGCUAAUAAAAAAAAUACUUGCAUUAGAAUUGACAAUUGAGUGCUGACAUUUCGGGAUUUCGGCGUUUAAAGUGAUGUUUACAUAAUGCUUAACAGUAUUGCUAGUAAUGUUUGUUUGUGAAAAAGUAUUAUUAUUUAUUAUUCGUUUAGAUUUAAAUGUCUCUUAAUUAGAUUUAAAGAUCUCUUACAAAUACUUGAGAGCUCAACAUCGACAUUGUCACAAAUAUAUAUGUGACUGAUGUAAAGGUACCUUAUGACGGUUGGCGCUUACGUCGCGUAGAACAGUUUCAGUAUCUUAUUAAUAAUAGUGUCAGCGCCAGCGGCCAUAAGGUACCUUUACCCGUGGAACGUCACAUAUUUGUUUCGUUCGUAACUUACAUAUUAAAAUUUAUUUUAAAACAAAUGAAAUAUACAUUUUUAAAUGCACAAUUUUAUAAUGUCAAUUUUAUUUUGGUUGCUUAUUGAAUAAAGUAUGUUUAUUAACCUUUUCGACGCCGUGUCAAACACUGCUGUCACUCGGACGCCACGUCACCGAAGUGUCAAAACUGAAAUUGAACUUUAUUCAUAUGCAGGUAGGUCUAUGUUGCUCUGUGGUCUGUUACGGAUUAAUCCGUCUUCGACCUUGCACCUACGGUGUGGAAAUAUACGUCAUUGGCGUCGAAAAGGUUAAAGUGAAAUAUCGUGAUAUGAACUAAUAGACCAGGAGCUAGUAUCUAAAACGCUGACUUUUAUUAGUUUUAAAAUAAUGGCACUCCCUUCAAUACAAAUAGAUAUUGAAUUACGUAGCUAGCUCUUGGCCUAUAAUGUUAAUGUGUGAUAAUUAUUAUUCAUAGUACAAUUUGUAAGUAUACUUUAUGUUGAGAUUAAAAAUAGUAAAUUGUAGUUGAAAAUAUUUGAGAUGAACGUAAUUUAUAAACACUUAAGGCGAAUUUAAUCCUAUUGCGUCGGUAUUAAGGUGUAUAUUUCCUUGGAUUGUUUAAAAAAAUGGUAAUCUUUUGUAUUUUCCACUAUAAUAAAUAGCCAUUCCAUUUAUUUGAAUAGGUUAAGUAGAUAAUAAUUCAGAAAAUGACAACAUCACGGAUAUUUAUCCGUAAAAACUAUUUAGUUUUUACAGUAAUAUGGUGCUACUUUCCCUGGCUAUGUCAAAAAAUUUAAGGGCCAUAUGUACUGUUAAACGUUGUAAGAUAUACGUGCGAAUAAUUUUCUACUUUCCGCACUUGUAUCGCAAAUAACUAUUAUAAACCUUAUUAUAGUUUAUAAAAAAAAAAAAAACAUUGACAAAUAUUUAUUCAAUGCCAUUUCUUAUCAUUAUUUUGUGAGAGUGAUAUGCAACUAGAUUAUAUUGUUAGGUAAAAUAAUUAGUUUUAAGUAGUUAAUAAAUAAUAUUGCAAUUAUAGCAUAAUAUGAAAAUGUGCCGUUGAAGGUAGAUUUCAUUUAACAUUUCAUAAAAGUCCUCGAUUGUACUGUAAAAUCUCACUCAAAACAAUUCAUCCAUUCGUGUGCUGUCACAGAAUAAAUAAUAGUAACUGUGGUACUACGUACAGAAGGUUCACUCUCUAACAAAACGCGUGUAUUAGGAUAGUUAUGACCGCAAGAUGGCGCAAGCGCGAGCAAGCGUCCGUUCCGUCGCGGCGCGGCGACCACUACUGCUAGACACCAGGGCUAUAACCGCGAAAAUCGAAGUUCGUCAAUUGCGGGCAUUUUUCUCUGUCACUCUAAUUACGUCUUAAUGAGAGUAAAAGAGAAAGAUCCCCGCAAUUUGCGAAUUUUGGUUUUCGCGGUAGGCCCCCUGAUCUGGUGCGGGCCGCGUGUACUUGUAGCGACGCGAAAUCGCGGAAUGAGCCACCCCUGGUGCUUAAACAACUUAUGAGGUUUUUUUUUUUCUGAAAUAGUAAAGAAUUUUCCCUCUUUAAUUACCGUACAGGGUAAUGACUUGAAAAACAAUUCAAAUAUAUAUUUGAGCGGAUUUUAAUUUGACUGUUAUUUUCAUCAGAUUUUGAUAUUUGGUGCAUAGAUAAAGUUCCCAAUUCUGUUCAAGACAAGUGCAAUUUCACCGUAAAAAACUCUAAGAAUCCUCAUUUCCCUCUCUGGAUAUUAACAUUAUAGAAAGUAUGAUUACACUAUAUGAUGUAUAUUGACCAUAGCUGUUGCCCUUCGUUUGACUUUUUAGGAUUGUUGAUUAUAAGGGUUAAGGCGACCGGUCUGGUCUAGUGGGUAGUAACCCUGCCUAUGAAGCUGAUGGUCUCGGGUUCGAAUCUCGAUAAGGGCAUUUAUUUGUGUGAUGAACACAGAUAUUUGUUCCUCAAGUCAUGGGUGUUUUCUUAUGUAUAUACGUAUAUACAAUGUGUUUGUACACGUAUAGUGGAGCCAGUACGAUGAAUUUUAUCGAAAAAUCACCCCAUACCUAUGUUUUUUCUCAACCAUUUUAAAAAUGCACUCCCUUAAAGUUUUAUAUGGCGUCAAACAUGACUGCUCUUGGUUAAUGUACCAUUUUCAGUCCAUUGACCUAUUGCGUUUUUAAAAUGGUUGAGAAAAAACAGGUAUGGGGGGGUGAUUUGGUGAUAAAACUCAUCGUACAGUCAGCAUCAAUAGUAGCGGAUGAAACAACGCGCCAAGAGUAUCUGACAUCCCAGAUAACUUUUCCAAAUAUAUAAUUUUUUUUCUAAAAUUCACGUGCAAAAGUAUAUAUUUUACAGUCUUAAUUGUUCUAUAUUAAUGACGUGACUUUCUGUUAAGCUGUUACAUAACGGUAGAUACUUAUGAAGCAUUAUUCGAUCCGCUACUUUUGAUGCUGACUACUAUUCGUGGUUAGCGGCUCCACUAUACGUGGAAAAACACAUAGUAUAUCGUCGCCUACUACUCACAGUACAAGCUUUACUUAGUUUGGGGCUGUCGAUCUGUGUAAAAUUAUUCCCAUAUAUAUAUAUAUAUAUAUAUAUAUAUAUAUAUUUAAUAUAUUACGUGCGAAAAACCAAUUCCAUACAAAUUAGAAUUGCUAUACUAACUCCUAUAAUUAUUAAAAUUCGAAAAAAAUUAUCGAGGGGCAGGGGCAAAGCCGGUUUCCAGGUUAUUAGAUCCAGAUUUCGAGACGGUCAGCUGGUGCUAUCUCCUUAUUAGAUCAGCAGUGAUCAGCAGUUUCCCAUUCCACUUUAAUUACGUCACACGAAUUUCUAGGCUCUUUGACUCCCCCCCCCCCCCCUCCUUCCAUGUCACAAUCAAAUUUGGCAAACCCCUCCCCCCUGGUGUAACGUCGAAUUUAUGAUAAAAGAAUAAAUAAAUUCAUAACACAAAACCGAUUAGGAAAGAAAAUUAAACAAACAAAACGAUUAUUAUUCCAAAAACUCGUUACUUAACUUUACAAAAAAAAAAAUCGGUUACUGAUGAUGUUAAAAUGACGUCUCAACGUUUGUGACUCCCCCCUCCCCCCUUUGUCACAACAUGUCACUCUCUUGACCCCCUCUCUCCCCCAAAACGUGCUAUGUGCUCACUCCGUACAUCAGUUUUCUUAUCGAAACGCUUAUUAUUUUCGUAGUCGACUUCUCGCGGGUUCAUCAGUACUGCUACUUGACAAUAGAUGUCGCGACGAACGAAAAGUCUAAUGCUCAACAAUUUUCAGCUAAUAUUAACUGGAUUCAUCGGAAGUCUAUUUUCAACUGCUUGUAAUAUUAGUUGCAAAUUGUUGAGCACACACUACACUUUUCGUCAGUCGCGACACUCGUAACGUCAAGAACCGGUACUGAGGGCCUACCGCGAACCACGUUCGACGUGUUGCCUCUCUGUCACACUUGUGAAUUCGUGCGUAAGUGUGACAGGGAGGCAACACGUCGAACGUGGUUCGCGGUAGGCCCUCUGAUAAAUCCGCGUAAUAAGCGUUUUGAUAAGAAAGAUGUAUGGAGUGAGCACUAUGCUUUCUUAUUUCUCUAUGGUGUUUAAAACAAAUGUUUUUUCUAUGCAUAGGUGCAUGUAAUAAUGCAGCCGAUUUCUUAACAAGUACAAUGUUAUUUUACAUAAGUAGGUACCUAAGGCAUUUAUGAACAUAUUUUUUAUUUAUUAUACAGAAUCGGCUGCCAUAUUCGAUACAACCCGCACUAAUAAGAUAGCUUUAAAAGGUUCAUUAUUUUGCUGUUGUGAUAUACUGUACAAACGUCAGUUACUGUAGAUAUACCUAUGAUAAGAUAUAUAUGUUAACUUAUGUACGUGUUGAAAUAACUUGCCUUCAGAUGAAUAAUACAAGUAUGUAGUUAAAA